UUCCAGAGCUUGUUUUAUUCCUCAGCAGCCCUUCUGCAGCCUGGUGGAUUCAAGCACAGUUGGAAAUUGUGGGACUGUGGCUUGUUUCAGAAAAAGAAGAAAGGAGACUUUAAGUAUAGCUUUAGCAGCAGAUGGCUCUGCUUUGGAUCCUCUUAUACACAAAGGAAAUGUGUUUGCUGGCUUUGUAAUUAACUCGAAAAGAGAAAGAAAAUUUUGUUAAAGACAGUGUGGAUAUGACUUGAAUUAUUCAUCAGGGCUCACAACGCUGGUAUUUAAGAGUAGGGGUGAAGAAUGACCCCCUUCCUGCCAGCUCUCCAAUAACUCCUACUUCAAAAAGGAAUUACGGUUGGAAAGGCAGACUCUCUCUAGCCAGAAAGCUGAAUUCUUCAGUGCUGUAAGUAUUUGUAGCAGAUUUGCUCAAAACUUCAAGGAGACCAAACACAAAGAUAGAAUCAUGGUAAUCCCUGCCUUGGAAAGCUCCAAGCAAAACACCUUCUGAGCUUUAAGGGAAGGGACAUGCUCAUAGAUGCAAAAUCUUCAUGGCUAAGUUUUGGCAUAGGCUGGGAGAUGCUUCAUGAUGGAUAAAGCCAUUCAGCAUCCUAGUGAGAUUUUAUCUAAUAGAACUAUCUCAAACAGCAGCUAUUCCCAGUUUUUUAACUUUGAUACAUGCCAACCUUCCUUCCCUGUGGUACUCCUGCUUAUUACAGCGUACACAGUGGUUACAACAGUGGGGCUUUUUGGAAAUCUUUGCCUGAUUGUUAUAAUAAAGAGACAGAAAGAAGUUCAAAAUGUUACAAACAUUUUGAUUGCCAACCUCUCUUUAUCAGAUGUCUUGAUCUGCAUCAUGUGUAUUCCCGUCACAGUUGCCUAUACUUUAAUGGACUACUGGAUAUUUGGGGAAGCUAUGUGUAAAAUAAGCUCCUUCAUACAAAGCAUAUCUGUCACAGUCUCCAUUUUCUCACUUGUCCUGAUUGCUGUCGAGAGAUAUCAGUUAAUUGUAAAUCCACGUGGCUGGAAGCCUAAUAUUUCACAUGCCUACUGGGGAAUUAUUCUCAUCUGGGUUCUUUCCCUUGUAAUAUCCAUUCCUUUUUUAAUAUUUCACCACUUAACUGAUGAACCCUUCAAGCAUCUAUCUUUCCAUAGUGACUUCUAUAAGAACAAAGCUGUGUGCAUCGAAGCCUGGCCCUCUGUUACCGAACGACUGAUUUUCACCACUAGUCUGCUGGUUUUCCAGUACUGCUUGCCCCUGGGGUUUAUUUUUAUCUGCUAUCUCAAGAUAUUUGUAUGCCUCCGGAGGAGACACAGUAAAAUAGAUAGGAUGAGAGAGAAUGAGAGCAGACUGAGUGAAAACAAAAGGAUUAAUAUGAUCUUGAUAUCAAUUGUUGUGACCUUUGCAGCGUGCUGGUUGCCUCUCAAUAUAUUCAAUGUUGUUUUUGACUGGAACUAUGAGGCGCUGAUGAGCUGCAACCAUAAUCUAGCAUUUACACUGUGCCACCUUGUGGCCAUGAUCUCAACGUGUAUCAAUCCCAUCUUUUAUGGAUUUCUCAACAAGAAUUUUCAGAAGGAUUUGAUUGUAUUAGUUCACCGCUGCAGAUGCUCAGCAUCACAAGAGGAAUAUGAAAACAUUGCCCUUUCAAAUCUGCACACUGAUGUGUCUAAGGGAUCUCUGAAAUUAAACACUCCCCCUGUGGAUAUCUAAAACAAUCCAGCAGCGGUUUCCAAAAGUUUGUGGUUUUUUGCAGGUGACCUUUUUCUAUAGGUCUUGAUCCUGUUACCACUGAAGUUAAAGGUGGUUUUUACCAUUUAGUUCAGCAAAACUGGGAUUAUGCUCCCAAAGGCAGACUGUUAACAGGUACUUUGUGAUGGCAUUAAUGCUAAAAAAAGGAAAAAAGAAAAAAAAGAAAAAAAAAAAAAAAAGAAAAAAAAGCCUGCACUUCCAUGAGUCUUAAAGAUCAAUAAUAAGGAAUUAUUAACAGUAUUAACAUCUUACUUUUUAAUCCACACUUUCCAGGUCACUGACAUACUACUCUAGACCCACUGAUGAUGAUCCCUAAGCCUCCACCAAUAUCUUCCUUUCAACACGACCAUACAGUUUACUUGGGUUUGAUACCAGUUCAGCAUAGAAAUCGAACUUUAACAUGAGGAAAAGGCU